UGAGCUCUUCCUGCAGUUACAGGGAUGAAUGCGAGAGAAGAAAAUGGCGAUCGAGCAGGACAAAUGUUUCCCCUCCCAGACUCUGCAAAUGUGUUGAAUUUCUAUAGCCUUAUUAUUUGCUUUCAUUUCAUCUCUACUGCACUUUAAACUACAAGAGAGAAUUGGAUGCUAUUGCCACCAAAGACAUUGAAGAGAAGCAACACAGGCCUGAUCACCAUUCACUUGCAUUGUAUGGCCCUACAGAGCUGAGAUAUUUAUUUUAAAAUCUCUGUGUUCAGCAGAAGAAAGUCAUACACAUCUGAGAUGGCAUGAGGGUGUUUUGAAGUGUCAGUUUUUGCAAUGAUGCCCCAUAAAUGAUUACAUACCAUGGUACUACAAAGACAAGACUUAGAGGAAAUCUUUCGAAACACGGAUGUUGAGUGGACAGAGGAAAGUGUAGAGCACAGUGGAAUGACGAUAAGGAAGAGGGGGCUGGUGUAAAGUGCCAGAACAUAUCAAGUCCAGAUUCAGCCAGCCUCAGUCUGCCAAUUAAAACAGCAGCAACUCCACUGUAACCUGCGCCAUCAGCAAUGCCAAGAGGGCCCCAGCCAGUGGCCAGCCCCAAGCCCUGCCUCGGUACCCGCUCUGUGAAGUUCUGUCGCAUCUCUGUCAGCACAAACAGAAACAGCUGUUGAAGCGUGGGCAAUCCCUUACAGUCCUUGCUGCCACCCUGGGAACUCUAGUGCAGCUUAUCUCUAACCAGACAGGGGAGCUUACAACUGAGAGGGCUGUCCUACACUGCACCCAAAGCCACCUCUCAGGCAUGGCUCCCAUUCGGGAUUCUGUCAGCCACUCCUCUAACCAAACAGGUUUGGAACACGCUGGUCUGGAACCUCAGUAUGAAAAUUCAUUGUGGAGCUCUGGCAGCGACUCUAACAGCAACUGGGGAAAAGUCAUUGUAGAUAAGGGAACCUGGCCCUCUAUCACUGGUAGUGACCCAGAGUUAGCCUCAGAAUGUAUGCAUGCUGACUCUGCCUCCAGCUCUGUGUCUGAAAAGAAUCUUAGUAUGAUGGCAUCUGGGAACACCGGUGGUGACAACAAUGGCAAUAGACAAGGCAGCAAUCAUUUCAUGGUUGCAAAUGGCAGCAAUAAUGUGGGUAAUGGGAGUGUUAAGGGGCCUUGGGGUAUGUCCAAUGGCUCGAUGCUAAGCACAUGUCAGGGCUCUGUGGAGGGCCCCAACAGCAAGCUGGCAGAAGGCAGCCAAGGGAAAAUUAAUGCAUGGGGUACCCAAAGUUCCUCAACCAAUGGAGGCAUAAAUCCAAGCACUUUGAACCCAAAUGCCAACAAUGGUGCCUGGCCUGUUCUUCAGAACACUGGGCCCAACCCCCAUGGGCCUGUGGGGAAUGAGAAUGGUAAUGGCGGCACCAACUCUCAACAAAGCACCAUAUGUCAAACACCCAGCAUGCAGAGUAUCAACUCUAAGAUGUCCUGGGGAUGCCUGCAGGAAAAUAUAUCUGAAGCUGAAGUCAAUGGUACAAACAAGGUUCCAAGUGGGCAGCCUCAAAACAUUAACACUGAAUUUAAUGGACCAAAUAACACUACUAACACGAUGACCUCUAGUUUAUUAAACUGUACAGGUUCAAUGCAGAUGAAUGAACAGCCCCCAGGGCACCGAGCCUGGCCUGUGAGCACAGGGGGCUCUCCUCAGCUCCCGAUUUCUACAGUCUCUAAUGGCACUUCCAUUUCUCAACAUGGCAACAGUGAGGGAAUUAACAGCGGGUCUUAUGGUACAGCAUGUGGCAUUCCGCCCGGCACUAAUUACUCUGGGGAAAAAUGUCCUGUCCCUAAAGGCCAAGCUGUGGGCGACACUGUGAAUGCAACUCUAAUGCAGUCUGGAGCCAAUGGCUUCUCUGUGAGUGCUGCUCCAUUAAAGAAUAAUAAUAAUAGUGGGAUGGGCAGUCGUGGAGGAGGUUGGGACUCUGCGUCCACUACCUCACAAAGUAUGUCUUGGCGUGCAGGUAACUCUGUGGACCCUGCUGGAAUCCCUCGCCCCUGGGGGAGUGCCUCCUCCUCCUCUUCCUCUUCUUCAUCCUCUUCAAACACUGGAACUAAGGUCUCAAAUGGGGAGUGGAACACUUUGCCCAGCAACAGUCAGCAUUCCAAUGAUAGCACGAAUGGGAGCAGGAAGGGAACAAAUGGAUGGAAGUCGUUGGAAGAUGAUGCUCUCGGUAUAGGUAGCUGUGGUCAAGCAUCCCAAGGCAGCACAUGGAACAAAUCAACAGGCAGUGAAGGAAGUGGAGACAGCUCAGGAGGUCGCAGCGACAUUGAUGGACAACGCAACAGCAACCGAAGGAGAGGUAAUCAACAGGGGAUGAUAAAUGCAGCUCUCUCUAAAAUUGACGUAGAUCCCAGGGUCUUGUCCAACACAGGGUGGGGACAAACACCAGUCCUCCAGAACACUGCCUGGGAUGUAUCGAGCUCUGAUAAAAAGACAGGAAAUGGACAGGCCGGCUGGGGCAGUGCUCCCCCGCAGGCGUCUUAUUCAGGUGGGUGGGGAGACAGACCCAGCACCAACAGUAGUGAUUCUUCAGUGUCUGGUUGGACAGAACAGAAACCUUCAACUGGCUGGGGAGAAUCCAAAGGCCCAGUUGGGCAAGGUGGUUGGGAGGAAGCCUCUUCCGUUACAAUGAACAAGGGCAGUUCCUCAUGGAAUGGUGGCAAGGAUGAGAAGUCCUCCUCUUGGAAUAACACACAGAAGGCAAAACAGGGAUGGGGUGGACCAUCUGCUGGAGAGGGAUGGGGUGGAGAAUGCCCAAAGGGAAACCAUUGGGAAGAGCCCCAGAAAUCUGGUUCUGGUGGCUGGGACAGCGAUAGUGACCGCUCUGGAUCAGGCUGGAGCGAACCCGGCCACUGUGGAACAAGUAACACCUGGGGAGGCAGCGGAGGCACCAACACUCCUGACCAGAGUGGUCCAACCACAGGAUGGGGAGAGCCAGCCAAGACCAACAAUCAAAACCAAGGCUGGGGCGAGCCAAUCAAGCCAAGCCACUCCAACCCUACUUGGGGUGAUGCCACCAAACCAAACAACUCUUCAGAGUGGGGCAAAUCCCAAGAAUUCAUUAUGGGAACAUUCAGGAGUGGGAACACCCCUCAGACUGGAGCCCCUGGUCAGAACAAGCCUACAGGAUGGCUGGGAGGCCCAAUGCCUGCUGCCUCUAAAGAAUCAUCAUCCACUGGGUGGGAAGAGCCAUCUCCUGAGUCCAUCAGGCGUAGAAUGGAAAUUGAUGAUGGUACUUCAGCUUGGGGAGAUCCCAACAAAUAUAACCACAGCAAUGUCAACAUGUGGAACAAGAACACUGCUGGAGAGCAGGAUGGCAUGGCUGCUUCUCAGCCCCCACAAGCCCAAAGCUCUAUGGCUCCAAAAGAAAAGAGCUGCAACUCAGGGUGGGGAGAGCCAUAUGGUGGACCACAAAAAAUGGAGUCAUCUACCUGGGGUGAGCCUGCUGGUCCACCGGUCAAAGUGGACAAUGGCACUUCUGCUUGGGGAAAGCCUGUUGAUUCAGGUUCCAGCUGGGAAGAGCCAGGGAGGGAAAACUCAGGAGGCGGUGGCUGGGGCAAUGCUGCUGUAGGACAACAGUCACAGCACAAGUCUGGAUCCAAACCUAUGCAAGACAACUGGUGUGGCGAGGAGAUGUCUGUGGCAGGUCACUCCAACUGGGAGGAGGAGGAGGAAGUAGAGAUAGGUAUGUGGAACAACAAUCCAUCACAGGAGACAAACCAAACUGGAAACUGGUCCUACAAGAAGAUGCCUCCAAAGCUGAAUAAAGGACCCAACAAACAGGAUGAUUCUCUGUGGAUGAAUCAGUUUGUACAAAAAUUCAACAACAUUUACACUAGGGAUUCCUCUGAAGAUUCCCUGAAGAGCAAUAAGAUGGAUAUGCCUGGAGGAAUGACAGAUAAGCGCAUGGAUGUUGACAAGCAUGUUCUUAAUAUGGGAGAGUACGGAAAAAACCCUGCUUCACGCCACCAGAUCCACAAAGACUCGUCCAUAGACCGUAAUCCCUAUAUGGAUAAGCUUUCAAUGCCUGUAUAUGAUAGCUCUGUAGCAGAAGAGUCCCCAAACUCCAUGCAGAAUAUCAGCUUUUCCCCAACAAAUAAUGCACAGCCAAGCCAGUGCAGCUUGCCAGGGCCUCACCAUCCAAACUCUGCCUCUGUUAGGCAGAAUGUAAACAUGUACGGUGUCAGUAAUGCAGCAGCACAAGGCCGGAACACCCAGCAGCCUCCAGCACAACCUCUGAACUCCACUCAGUCCAGUCUACGCAACCAAGUGCCUCCUCCACUACUGCCCUCUCAGGUCCCGCCAUCCCUGUUUAAGUACUCUCCCAAUAAUGGAGGUCUGAACCCUCUGUUUGGCCCACAGCAGGUGGCUAUGCUGAACCAGCUGACCCAACUCAACCAACUCUCUCAACUCUCUCAGAUUAAUCAGUUACAGCGCCUCCUCCUUCAGCAAAAAGCGCAAAACCAGAGAGCCAUGCCUGUUAACAGCCGACAGCAACAGGAACAGCAGGGUCGUGGUCUGGGCCCUUCCCAGCAGAUGAUCCAGCCUUCCCGUCAUCUCGAUCCCUCCCUGAGGAAGCAGCAGACUUCCCCCCAGCCACCCUCACUGCACCAGCCCAGCUUCAAGUCCUAUAUGGAGAACUUCAUGCCCCCCAAUGCCUCUGACCUGCAGAAAGAACAAAAUUCCCUGAGCUCGUUCAGUAAUUUCCCUUUAGGUGGGUGUCCUCCCCAUCUUAAUUUAGGCCAGACUGACUCAAUGUUGCACCAAGCUGCCAAGCCCAACACGAUGUUUGCCUCUGACAUGUCAGGCUAUCAGUCAGCUGGCAUUAGACAAAGUCAUAGCCUCCUAGCCCCUCCUCUGAGCAAUGGCCACAUGGUGCCAGGCUCUCCCAUCAACCCUCGGGUAGGAAAGAACUUCUGUCCUGACAGCAGCUCUCUGCCAGCAAGAGGCUUGAACUCAAACUUGAAUGUAAGCAACCUCGACAUCAGUAGUGUUGGUUUUAAGGAGCCACAGUCCCGUCUAAAGAAGUGGACUGCCAUGGACAUUUCCGUCAACUCGCCACUUGAUCAAAACCCCAGCAAAUCUGGUGCUAUAACAUCUGGCCUGAGGCUUGAAGAUUCACCCUUUGGUCCAUAUGACUUCAUCAAUGCCAGUAAUGCUCCCAUUAGUCCUCCUGGCUCUGUGGGAGAUGGCUGGCCCAGCCGUGCCAAAUCACCUCAUGGUUCCACUAAUGUCAACUGGCCACCAGAAUUCCGUCCUGGUGAGCCCUGGAAAGGAUAUCCAAACAUUGAUCCUGAAACUGACCCAUUUGUCACUCCUGGCAGUGUGAUUAAUAAUCUCUCCAUUAAUACAGUCCGGGAUGUUGAUCACCUCAGGGACAGAAACAAUGGGCCAUCCUCAUCACUUAACACCACGCUGCCUUCAAAUAGUGCCUGGACAUCCAUUCGUGCCUCCAACCACAAUAGUUCCCUCAGCAGUACAGCACAAAGCACUUCAGCCAGAAACAGUGACUCUAAAUGGUCUCCUGGUAUAGUCACCAACACCUCUUUGGCUCACGAGCUGUGGAAGGUUCCUCUCCCUUCGAAAGGCAUCUCUGCUCCAUCCCGCCUCCCACCUGGCCUGACCGGUCAGAAACAACCCUCAUCUUGGGACAACAGCUCUCUGAGACUGGCAGGCUGGGGUAGCUCUGAAUCCAGAUUCACCUCUGGUACCAGCUGGGGUGACAGCAGCUCAGGGAGAACGAAUUGGCUUGUACUGAAAAACCUCACACCUCAGAUUGAUGGCUCCACCUUGCGAACUCUGUGCAUGCAGCAUGGUCCACUGAUCACAUUCCAUCUGAACCUUCCCCAUGGCAACGCUGUCGUCUGCUACAGCUCUAAAGAGGAGGCGGCCAAAGCCCAAAAGUCACUGCACAUGUGUGUUUUAGGGAACACUACUAUUCUUGCAGAGUUUGCUAGUGAAGAGGAAAUUAAUAGUUUCUUUGCACAAGGUCAGUCAAUGACUGCCUCUCCCAGCUGGCAAACGCUGGGUUCUUCUCAGAACCGGAUCGGAUCCAUUGAGGGUUCUCACCCCUUCCCGAACCGCACUGAUCCAAAUCACUGGAACGUCAGUGGGCUGUCAGGAGCUGGAAGCGGAGACCUGCACGGCUCUUCUCUCUGGGGGGUUCCCAACUACUCCACGAGCCUGUGGGGGAGCCCUAGUACCAGUGAGGGAGGGGGAAUCAACUGCCCCUCCCCCAUCAGCUCCUUCCUUCCUGUUGACCACCUGACAGGAGGUGGGGAGUCAAUGUAGUGCAUCUUUCACCUUCUGACUUAAAAAACAUUAAAAAAAAAAAAAAAAAAAAAAAAACAAACCCGUGACCUCAAUGUCAAAUAGUUAAUCAUAUUCAUAUGACCAUAUAUAUAUCAUAUAUGAAAAAAUCAAUUGGCACUAGUUAGACUUUCUUCACUUUCAAAACAAAAAACAAUGCGGGGUCACCCUGUAGAAACAAGUUACAUACUUUUCUUCUGCACAUAUGUCCACUUUGUUUUAGCCCAAAACAUAUCAGUUUGAAUACUUGAAUCAUGCAGGCCAAUUCUAUAAUGUGAAAGGAUGUAUUACACUUCCAGGUAGUGCUCUUCAUACAGAAAAAGCUUCAGUUGAGCUCAUCUGUUUCUUCAUCAUGUUUAUUUGAAUUCCAAUUCGUUUAGUUUAUUUUUAUUAUUUGCGUUUUGUUUGCUGACAAUGUUGGAGUUUGAGCUUUUUUAACUUUGCACUGAAUGUGGUUUUUCUCAGUAUAAUCUGCAAUAUGGAGGGAGCCGACAGUUCCAGUGUAGUUGUUUACUCAAGGAUGUUCUUAAAAGUGUACACUCUACUAUGCCUUGAUGUACGCCUACCUUUAUUGUGGUAUUGUGGAGUUCGAGAUGAAGAUAUAGAUUCUGAUUUAGGAUUAUCUGAUGAUAUUACAGAAAUAAGUAUUGCACCAAUUUUGUUUUAAAACUAAAGAAUUUAGCUCUGCAAUGUAAGAAACUGUAGCCACAGCUGUGACUUGCAAACCCGACCUGCAAGCCAGGGGGAACAGCACUUUCAAAAUAGGCUUUCAAUUUUGUUUUGGAGGCGUCACAUUGUGCCCUCUUGUUUACAAAACUUUUUGAGGGGGAAAGUAUGGUCAUUCUUCCUUUAUUUUAAAUGAAAAGUAAAAAAAAAAAAAAAAAAUAUUAAUAAUAAAAAAACUCAUAAAAAUGAUAAAAAAUAAAAAAUAAAAAAAAGAGAGAGAGAAAAUGUUGAGGAUAAAGACGAAGCUUUCUAUCUCUGGGAAUACUGAUCAGUGUUUGGCCAUGUCAUUGGUUAUUUUAUCUAUUCCUCUUGUCUGCUAAAUAACCAGCAUGGUUCUCAGGAAAUAUAGCCAGUUUCCCCCCAUAGAAACUCCUUGUAGGUAAAUCCAACUUUUAGCACUGAAACUACUUAUAGCUCUGUAAGUUUUUCUCUGCCAAAUAACUGCUUUAAGCUGGAGACAUUCUACAUACUUCUUUUCAAAUAUGCUGUCUUUUUAUUAAUGAGUGGAUAUGGUUUGCUGAAUCACUAUCUAGUCCUCCUUCCCUUUUCCCACUGAGUGGCUCAAUGUUUUUCGCUCUGUGAUUGUUGAAGUAACUGUCAAUGUCAUAAGAAAGCAGAAAUCUGUAACUAUGCAUACUGUAGCCAAUGACUCGGCCUACAGAAUCGCUUUGUCUGAAGUAAUGUUUUGGAUAAUUUGCAUAUACAUUUUGUUCUAUAUAUUUUUUUCUUUAUCACCAGAGCUGGUGUUAAAGAGCAUAAUUUUUUGGUUAUUUUAACAGUGCAAAAGUCAUCCACAUUUCAUUGCCUUUAUUCAAAUUGUGUCUGAAGAUGCAACAAGUCAAGUGGCUUUUAACUGUUUACAAAUAGAAAAUGAUUGUAACGUGUACAGUUUGGUUGUUAAUCUGAAGUUCCUUACAAUAUUAAUAAAUCAAUGUUUUGGCUGCUCAUUAUCAUUUUAUUUUGAAUUUUUUGUUUUUUUCCCCCCAUUUCCCCCUCCGACACCCCCCCCUUCCUCAAAGCUGGUUUGUCAUUGAAAAUGGCUUGCCUCUGUACUUGUGGCCAAGGAAGGCUAAAUCAGAGGUGAAUGUAAUCUAUUGCUGGUAGUUUAAGUACUUGCAUUUAAAUAAAGUGCAUAGAUUUACAGAUUAUUUACCUUUUUAUUGUACUAUAUUUUAGGUGCACAAUUUAUGAAACGCUUCAAAGAGCGAGAGGGAGAGAAAGAUGUCAGCAUUAGGCUAAGCCAUGGACCUUAAUAUGUUUAAGCUGUUUUUCUCCAUUUUAAUUUUAUUUUAGAAGUAGAACUUUGCUUGAUGUGUUAAGUUAUCCAUAUUUAAUCACUCAAAUAGUACAAAACCCUGAGUAUUACCCUGACUUUAUGGUUGUGUGCCAGUAUUGAACCAUUUUAAAUAACUGCUUUACCAAAUAUACUUCAAUCAAAGGAUUUGUUUACUUAAUUCCAUACCUGGCUUAUCUCAUUUUUGUUUGAUACAUUUUAAAGUGAAACAUUGGAAAAGAGGUCGUUUUGGAGAGAAAAAAAUAUUACAAAAGCCGAAAAUUUAUUUUUGGAAUUGCACUUGGUGUAUAUAAUGAACUAAAAAAAGCUUGUACUGUAUUUUGUGUUCUGAGGGCAGAGUGUAGCUUUGGACAACUGGAUGGCUUGGACAAGGACUUUGCCUUUUUGUUUGUCUCUUAUUGUUCAUGUACAUUUUCUAUACUGAUUAAGGUGUGAGACAGCACGUGUUUGUGCCUGCGUGCUAGAGUGGUCCACUCCAUUCCUGCUCAUCUGGAGCCCUAGUGUUCUCCUCUUGUAUAUUAAUGCAGUCUGUCUUGAAGGCGUAUAACUGCAGGAAUCACUUAUUAGAUGGCCGUGACUUUAUUUACUCCCUCAAUGUGGAUUGCUCCAAGUCUUUUAGAGUUACAUGUUUGUAUGUGUCCAUGGUAGUGUUAGUAAGUCAUGGUCUGGAAGGUUGGUGCUGAGCUUUACCAAUGGUUCUGAAUAGGUUCUUCCUUGCUGUCUUUGUAAACUUGCUAAUUUCCCUAUUAUUCAUGCAUUGUUUUCUGAAGUGAACUUUGAAAGCAUAGGGAAAAGCCAUUGGCACCCAGUUUAUUUCCAGUUUUAAUUUUUCUUUUCUUUACUUUUUCCCCCUCUUAAUUUUAUUUAAAUAUAUGUGCAGCUGUUUGUUUUUGGAACUGUCAUGCUUAGACAUUUUGAUGAUUCACUGUCAUGCCAAAUUACGGAGUAGGGGGAGGAAAGGGACUUGUUCUUUUGUAAAAGCUGGACAAUGUAUAUGCUUCAAAAGUCACUUGCAAAAUGGAUGUUUUGAGGAUAUACAUGAGCAAUGUACAAUCCCCAUUUUUAUAGCCAGGUGUAAGUAGAGGGGAAAAAAUUACUUGGCCUGACAUUCUACUUUUGUACUCAAAAUGUCAUUUCUUUUUUGAUUUAUCCUGUGAGCAAAUAUACCCAUGUCUUUUAAAUGGUUCCUACUGUUGAACAAUGUGCUAAGGCAAUUGACUUAAACUGUGAGUAUUGCUGUCAUGUCAUUAUAAACCCUGAAAAGCUUUAGAAAAACCAGCACAAGAAAUGGAUGAACGUGAGUUUAAAUCUAAACUUCCACCAUGGGGAAAUUCUAAGAAAGUCUAUGCAGUGUAUGGUGAGGCUUCUGUGUCUUUCUUUUGUUUAAUAAAAUCCUAACUACAGUAGUGGUAGGAUUAAAAAAAAUGAUGUGCCAUGAUUGAAAUUGAUUUUAUUUUUGUCACAAAUUGGCCAGUUUUAGCAAAUGAAGGGUGCAUUAACAUUUCCAUUUCACGGCCGUCCUUACAGAAUGGUCUGUGGAAUAGCAAAUUCUCAACUCCAACAUUUCUAGAGGUCUGUCAAGAAAUAGUUUGCUCACAUGUAACCUAUAUGCACACUGCUUUGUUAGACUGUUUGAAAAUGACUAGAAAUAAACAUCAAUAAGAUUACUUAAUGAGCAGGAAGUUCUUUUCAGCGUCUUCCUGGGGUCAUCUUUAGAAUUUUAACUUGGGGAACUGCACUUUUUGAAGGACAAUCCUUAUUUGUAUUGGUAACAAUUGACACAAGGUUUAGUCUAAUAAUACAUGGUAGAUACUCAAAUGUGUAGUGAUGAAUGUUUCCUGUAAUGCUGUAAUAUUUUUCUCUUUGUUGCUUGGUUUUCAAUUGUAGUACCCUUAAGUGCAUAUGUAACGAGGUAGUUGAGAUUAGAGUAGAUUUUAGGUCUUUUGUUGGCUGUACUUGUAGACUGAUAAUAACUGUUUGUAAAGUCCUGAUCUUGAUAUCAGAAUACAAAGCUGUUUAAUUUGGGUACAACCCGCAAUAAAGCCUAACAGUGACAUGG